UACUGCUGAGGCAAUAUUGAUAGAGCUCGACAUUCUCGCUUUACUUUGUUCAGGCUUUGUAUAGUUGUGUCAAGUAUGGAGUUAACACAACUUUGUAGGUUAUACUCAUGGGUGCAGGAGGCUACACGAGCGAGGAGUUUUGUUUUCUGUGUCCUCUUUCGUAGGUUUUUGUGUUUAUUUCUCUGUGUUCGACAUUAUGACGGAUCUGGUCUAUUCUGGGAGGGAGACUUUGGUUUGAGCAGUAUUUUUAGGAAUGGACCCACCCUUUCUCCUGCUAUGGCAGCCACUGUUGUCUAUGACUCAUCAGAGGCAGUAGAACUAUACCCUGAUCAAGGUUUGUACUUGAAACCGAUCUCAAAACUAACUAUUAGUGUUGCCCUUCCGCAGCUAAAGCAGCCUGGAAAGUCCAUUUCCAACUGGGAAGUAAUGGAGAGACUCAAAGCCAUGGUGCAGCCAGAGCAGUUUUCUUCUCUUCGAAUCUCCAAAAGCACCAUGGAGUUCAUUCGUUUUGAAGGUGAGGUUGAAAAAAAGAAACUUGUUAAGGUCUUUCUUAGGAAGCUUGACGGACGUACAAUAAAACUUAGUGGUUUUACUGAUAUACUGAAAGUAAGAGUAGCUGAAUUUAAAAUUGAUUUCCCCACAAGGCAUGACUGGGAUUCCUUCUUCCGAGAUGCCAGAGGGAUGAGUGAGACUAUGCCGGGUGAGAGACCAGAUACCAUUCAUUUGGAAGGUUUGCCAUGCAAGUGGUUUGCUGCAAAGGAUUCUGAGUCAGAAAAGCCAAGCGAAUUGAUACUGAUGAAGGUAUUUGAGACUUUUGGAAAGAUCCGUAAUGUUGACAUUCCUAUGUUAGACCCAUACAGGGAAGAAAUGACUGGAAGAAACUUCCAUACAUUUAGUUUUGGAGGACACCUGAACUUUGAAGCUUAUGUGCAGUUUUCAGAGUAUGUUGGCUUUUUGUCUGCAAUGAAUGCCUUGCGUGGAAUGAAACUGAUGCACAAAGGAGAAGAUGAAAAAGCAAUUGCCUGCAAUAUAAAGGUUUCGUUUGAUACAACAAAACACCUUAGUGAAGCCUGUAUAAAGAAACGACAGCUGGAGAGGCAAAAAUUGCAGGAGCUGGAAAAACAGAGAGAAGAACAGAAACGACAGGAGAAGGAGAAUGAAGAACGAAAGAUAGAGGAAGAAAGGAAAAGAAAAGAACAGGAAGACCAUGAAAGGGAAAAGAAAAGAGUGGAUAAGGUUAAAAAAAAGGAGCAAAAGCAUAAGGAUAGGGAAGGCCGUAAGAGCUUGAAGAAAUUCCAUAAGCUGCAACCAGGGGAACAGAAAAAGCUGCAGAAGAAAAUAGCACUGGAAGAAAGGAGACUACUUCUGGCAAAACGAAAUCUAGAAUCCAUUCGGUUGAUUGCAGAACUGUUAAACAGAGUAAAGGUACAAUAUAUUCUUUGUUAUUUCAAAGGCUUUUUACAUUAUGUAUGUUGGUGUCUAUGCUACAUGUAGAACAGAUGUUUAGAA